CCUCCAUUGUUUGUAGACAAACUCAUUGACAUUCCCGACGCACACGUAUACGUACACAUUGACCUGGACAUUUGCGAAUUGCCAUGAUGCCACCCAUCACGCGGCCCCGUCGCAUCGUCGGCGUCUCGUUGAAGAUGUACUUUGACCUGCCCAGCACCCUCUCCUACGUCCGCGGCGUCUUGCAGCUUGACGGCGAUGCCUGGAACGCGCGCAUAGACCUCUUCGUCAUCCCGGACUUCGUUUCCCUCGCCGAAUCAGCCCGCAUCCUCGAAUCCUCGUCCAUCAUGCUUGGCGCCCAAGACUGUAUGUGGGAAGACAAGGGCGCGUACACAGGAGAAGUCAGCCCGCUUGUGCUACGGCAGGUGGGUGCGAGGAUAGUAGAAAUUGGACACGCGGAGCGGAGAGCCAUGUUCGGUGAGACGGACGAGACGGUUGCGAACAAAGCGGGCGCUGCAGCGAGGAACGGGCUGAUACCGCUGGUGUGCAUUGGCGAGAAGACUCAUCAUUCUGUCGCAUCAGCAGCUGUCGGUGCAGCGAUACAAGAGUGUAGGCCACAAGUCACUUCAGUGCUUGCUGCAGUGCCCGACGAUACUGAGGUUAUACUGGCCUAUGAGCCUGUGUGGGCCAUUGGCGCAAAAGAGCCUGCUGAUGCAGACCACGUAGUCAACGUGACAAAAGAGCUGAGGAAGAUGGCUGCAGGUAGGAAAGGAGUCACAAGAAUCGUCUACGGGGGAAGCGCUGGGCCAGGCACCUUUGCCAAGAUUGCCGAAGGCGUCGAUGGCUUGUUCCUAGGUCGUUUCGCCCAUGACAUGCACAACCUGAAGAAAGUCGUCGAGGAAGUUGGUGGAGCGUAGAGCCGUGAACAAAGGCCGAUAUGCUAUGCAUGAAUUAUACAUUCAUACCGUG